UGUGAUCAAUAGCUCAAAGGUUGGAAUGAGCACAGAUUCUGCUUUCUGUCCCAACAACAACGUUUGUCAGGCCACUGACCCUGCCAAAGGUUCUCGCUGGCUUGUAGCUGUACAAGCACCAACCAUAGCACAUUCGAUUAGUCAGCUCCCAUCACAGAGAAAAACUAAGAUGAAGCAGCUGGUGGCUUUGUGCUUCCUUUGUCUGCUGCUGCCCGGACUGUCCGUGAGCCAACAGGGCAAGCGGGACAUCUGCAAUGCCAAGCCCAAAGACCUGCCCCUGGAGCCCAUGUGUGUGUACCGCAGCCCCGAUCCCGAGCCUGAGGCUGAGGGGCCCACUGAGGCGCCUGAAGCGAUACCAGAGUCGACUAACCCCAGAGUGUGGGAACUGUCAAAGGCCAACAGCAGGUUUGCCCUCUCGCUCUUCAAGGAGCUGGGUAAGGGCAAGUCACAAGAGAGCAACAUCUUCAUGUCGCCCAUCAGCAUCUCCACAGCCUUCGCCAUGACCAAGCUCGGUGCUUGCAACACCACGCUAGAACAGCUCAUGCAUGUUUUUGAGUUUGAUACGAUCAAAGAGAAAACAUCUGACCAGGUGCACUUCUUCUUUGCCAAGCUCAAUUGUCGCCUCUUCCGCAAAAAGGAUAAAACAACAGAACUGGUUUCAGCCAACCGUCUGUUUGGAGAGAAAUCUCUGAAGUUCAACGAGACCUACCAGGACAUCAGUGAACUGGUUUACGGAGCAAAGCUGCUGCCACUGAAUUUCAAGGAGAAGCCAGAGCUGGCCAGAGUGACAAUUAAUGAAUGGAUUUCAAAUAAGACAGAAAACAGAAUCGAGAACACGCUGCCACAGGGUGCAAUAGACACCGACACUAUUCUCGUUCUGGUCAACACCAUCUACUUCAAGGGCCAGUGGAAGAACAAAUUUGACAAGGACAACGUGAUGAAUGAUGACUUUAUUGUCAGCGAUGCCAAAACGUGCACAGUGCCUAUGAUGUACCAGGAGACCAAGUUUAAGUACGGCAGGUUUAAUGAGGACAAAGUGAAGGUGCUGGAAAUGCCGUAUCGUGGAGAAGACAUCACCAUGGUGCUGAUCCUGCCAGAUAAGGGCACAAGCCUCGCUGAGUUGGAGAAAGGGCUAGAUCUGAAGAAGCUGGUUGGCUGGCUGGACAGGAUGAGGGAGACGACGGUGGCAGUGCAGAUUCCGCGCUUCAAGAUUGAGGACAGCUUCAGCCUGAAGGAGAAGCUGCAGAGCAUGGGCCUGGAGCACCUCUUCAGCCCCAACCAGGCCAGCCUGCCAGGGCUACUUGAAGAUGAGACCGAUAACAUCUACAUAUCCGAUGCCUUCCACAAAGCAUUCCUGGAGGUGAAUGAGGAGGGCAGCGAGGCAGCUGCCGCCACAGCAGUGGUGGCCAUCGGUCGCUCCAUCAACUUCAACCGCGAGGUGUUCAUUGCCAACCAGCCUUUCCUGCUGCUCAUCCGCGAGGCCACCAUCAACACCAUCAUCUUCAUGGGUCGCGUGGCGGACCCUUGCCCUGGAAACCAGUGAGGCCUUCAAAAAGGACUGGGCAAGAGCUAGAUCUUCUGGAAAAAAAAGUUUGCACACUCCUUGGGAUUUUUUUCUUUUUUGAUGUCCUAAGGAGUGUGUGAACAUUUUUUUUUUCCAAAAAAAAAAAAAAACCUUCAGUAUCUGGGAAUGUGCAUAAAGUGCAAAGUGCAGUUACAAGAGCAAGAAUUAGACAUGACAUGUCAAUUGAAGGCUGGAUGGUUGAAAUGUGUGGCUGAAAUAAAGACUUUUAACUCAUACAGUGAA